AUGACCCCCACAUUUCCAAACAGCUGGAAGAUAGCUCGAUUUAACCCCAUAAGGAAAAAGAACAACACUGGUAAUGUAUCGGAAUAUAGACCUAUAGCGUUACUGCCGGUGCUUUCGAAGGUAGUGGAACAUGUUUUGAAGAAACAGCUUGUGACCUACAUUGACCGCAGUUCGUUUUUAUAUGACUGCCAACGCGAAUUCAGGAAGGUUAGAGGGACGUCCAUGUUGCUUUUAGGUCUUACCGACCGAAUUCGCAAUUGUGUGACAGGUCACAUUAUCUGUAUUUUGCUCUCCUUGGAUCUAAAGAAGGCCGUCGAUCGGGUGGAUUACUUCGUCCUGAUUAAAAAACUGCCCACAGUUUACGGUCUUGGUAAAAGCGUUUGUAAACUUUUGUUUUCCUAUUUGGCUGUUAGAAAGCAAUUUGUUCAGAUAGGUGAUAUAACUUCAUCUACACUGCUGGUUAAAAGCGGAGUACAUCAGGGUCUCCUUCUAUUUAUAUUGCUGUUGAAUGACUUCUUUAAGUUCAUAGAGAAUUGUACCCCAUAUGCAUAUGCGGACGAUGUUGAGAUAGUGUUUGUAGGUAAUCGUCGCUCUUUGAACGUUCUUCAAUCGAAGUUUGAUUUGGCCUUGGCUUCAUAG